AGGAACCAAUGACAGUAGGAACCUUUCUUUCAGCCGCUGAGAAACGGGGACGUUGUUACUGACGGACUGUUGUAAAAGUAAACCGUAAAGGAAACAUUUCCAUGCUGGAAUGUAAAUGCGAUGAUGUAAAUAAUAAGGUAAUGAGGUUAACGAAAUUUUUCCGGAGAAUAUAUUUUUUCUUAUACAUUUAACGCUGGAAUUUGACGCCGAACGUUCUAGCUCGCUUAGGUUUUGUUUACAUCGUUUUUGUUUUGAGUGACAGACUGUAGAUAUGUGGGGAGAAAUCGACCCUCCGGUUAAAACCCAGCAAAGUUCCCAUGAUAUCGAACCGGAGACUGAAGUACCGGUUAAACCUGUGGACUUCUCCCGGAUAUGCGACCAGAACAGACGGAUAGAGACCCAGCAGCCCCCGCAAGACUUCCAGAGCGAGUCCAGCCUCGUGAACGCGAUGCUAACGGACGUGGCCAUGAGCGGCAGCCAGGUGAGGAGCCAGCAGAUCGGGGAGGCUGAGCUGACGCUCGGGGAGCGCAGGCAGGAGCUGCUGCAGCAGUUCCGCAGCAGGCCGCUGGUGUUCCUGGAGAGAUACCACGCCUGUCUGAAGCCCGAACACCUCCCUGCGUUUUCCCACGUCAGCUCCGACCCCAGAGCCCUGCACUACAGCAAGGUGGUGCUGACGCGAGCGGCCGGCUCCACCAACAGGACCAGAGUCAGGAACCAUCGCUACGCCGCCCUCCGAGCUCUGCAGAAAGAGGGAAAGUAUUUCAGCGAAGAGGAGAUGCGGAGGAGAGAGCCUCUGCUGUACGAGCAGUACAUUGGCCAGUACCUGACGGACGAAGAGGUGAUAGAGCGCUCACAGGAGGCCAUGUCGGACGGCGUGGACGAGGGUCAGGGAGCGCCCGGCAGCAGCACAGGAGGACUUGCCAACCUCCUCCUGAACUCCUACCAGGAGAGGCUCAUCCAGAACCGACUGCAGGAAGAGCAGGAGAGGGAGGAUGGUGCACAGGAGGAAGAGGAAGAUGAGGAGGAGGAGGAUGACACCCAGCAGAAGGAGUGGGAGCCCAGUGAUGAGGAGAAGGCUCUGCUCAGGGAGGAGUUUGUCAGUCAGAUGCACCAGCGCUUCCUGGACGGAAAAGAUAAGGAGUUCAACUACAGCGAGGUGGACGAGAACCCCGACUACGACAACUUGGACAUCGUCACCAGAGACGCAGAGGAGAAGUACUUUGAUGAAGAUGAUGAUGACCUACAAGAAGAAAUAGAGGAUGAUAAUAUGACAGAAUAGUUUUUUCGUCGUUGUUCACACUUUACUGUUCAAAAUGUGUAAAUAUAAGUUUAUUAGAAAACAUUGUAAUAAAGCUUUUCUUUGUUUUUCUUGUCAAAUACAAAUA